AUGCCAGGGUCCAGCAACACUGAAUACCAGGGGUACAGCCGGAGCAGUUCCCAGCUGGUGGGCACAAUGCUGGUGGGAGCCCUGAGCAGCCUCCUGCUCCUCUGCCUGGUUGACGAGGGCAUCAGCAAAGUCAAGAGAUACUAUAUUGGUGCAGUGGAGACUGCCUGGGAUUACAUGCACAGCGACCUUCUCUCCGUGCUGCAAGCACCUGCACGCAUGUCGGGGCACCUGGGCCCACGGCUCCCCACACCUGGUGUUUCUCCCCAGUACAGGAAGGCUGUGUUUGUGGAGUACCCUGAUGCCUCGUUCACACAGCCCAAGCCCAAGCCAGCAUGGAUGGGUCUUUUGGGCCCCACUAUCCAAGCAGAAGUCUAUGACACGGUGGUCAUCAUGUUUAAGAACCUGGCCUCCCGCCCGUACAACCUCCAUGCCGUUGGAGUCUCCUACUGGAAAGCGUCAGAGGGUGCAGGGUAUGAAGAUGAGACCAGCCAGCAGGAGAAGGAGGGUGACAGGGUGGAUCCAGGAAAGACACACACAUACAUCUGGGAAAUCCAGCAAAACCAAGGCCCAAUGGAUGGCGACACACUAUGCUUGACCCACUCCUACUCCUCCAACACCGACAGUGUGAAGGAUAUCAACUCUGGUUUGAUCGGUGCCCUGCUGGUGUGCCGACCUGGGACCCUGGCAAGUGAUGGGAACGAGGACAUGCAGCAAAAGUUUGUGAUGCUCUUCGCAGUGUUUGAUGAAGGGAAAAGCUGGUACUCUGAGACUGGUUCUGCAACAGCUCCCCUGCCACACAACAGGCCAGAGAUGCACACCAUCAAUGGCUACAUCAAUGGCUCACUGCCUGGUCUUACACUGUGCCUCAAGAAGCAGGUCCACUGGCAUGUGAUCGGGUUGGGCACAGGGCCAGAAGUGCACUCCAUCUUCUUUGAAGCCCACACAUUCCUGGUGAGAGGCCACCGUCUCAGCAGCCUAGAAAUCUCCCCUGCCACUUAUCUCACAGCCCAGACCAUGCCAGGAACAGUUGGCUGGUUUCGGAUGUUCUGCCAAAUACCGUCCCAUCAGCAAGCUGGGAUGGAGGCAAUUGUAAAGGUGGAGGAGUGUCUGGAGGAGCGCCUGGUGAGGAUGGGAAAGCUGUCAGAUGAGCCAGAGGAUUACCUUGAAGAAGAUGAGGAAACUUAUCAUGUGAUCCAAGCGCGCUCUUUUGCUAAAGAGAAGCCUGUGACCUGGACUCACUACAUUGCAGCUGAAGAAAUGGACUGGGACUAUGCCCCUGUGAAGCCAGUGUCUCUGGACAGAAACAUCACGAGCCUGUUCUUGGAGGCUGGCCCUCAGCGGAUUGGUUCGAAGUAUAAGAAAGUGAUGUUCGUGGAGUAUGAGGAUGCAACCUUCAAGAAGCGCAAGGUGUCAGAUCAACUGGACAAGGGAAUUCUGGGGCCUGUCAUUAAGGGAGAGGUUGGAGAUCAGUUUAAGAUCGUGUUCAGGAACCUGGCAAGCCGACCAUACAACAUCUACCCUCAUGGCCUCACCAACGUAAGCUCAUACCACUCCUUGAAGCCCUCUCAAGAUAAGGAUGUGAAAGACAUUCCUAUCUUCCCUGGCCAGUCAUUCACCUACAGCUGGAGGGUCACCACUGAGGAUGGGCCAACUCAGGCGGAUCCUCGCUGCCUCACUCGUUUCUACUACAGCUCCAUCGACCAAGUCCGAGACAUGGCCUCAGGCCUGAUUGGUCCUCUCCUGAUCUGCUUUAAGAAGUCCAUGGAUCAGAGGGGAAAUCAGAUAAUGUCAGACAACACGAGGUUGGUGCUGUUUUCAGUCUUUGAUGAGAACCGCAGCUGGUACCUGGAGGAGAACAUCAGGCGGUUCUGCACUGACGCAGCCCAUGUGGAUAAGCAGGACCCACAGUUUUAUGCGUCCAACAUGAUGUAUGCUAUUAAUGGCUUUGUGUUUGACAACCUCCACCCAAAACUCUGCCUGCAUGAAGUUGUGUACUGGUAUGUCCUCAGUGUUGGGGCCCAAACAGAUUUCCUCUCCAUCUUCUUCUCUGGAAACACAUUCAAGCACAACACGGUAUUUGAGGAUGUGCUUACCCUUUUCCCGUUUUCUGGAGAAACAGUCUUCAUGAGUUUGGAAAAGCCAGGCGUCUGGAUGCUGGGGUGCCUGAAUCCUGAUUUCAGAGACCGAGGGAUGCGUGCCAAGUUCACAGUCUCACAGUGCCAGCAUGAGCAAUACCCUGAUGGGGAAGUUUAUGUGGAUUUUGAGGAGGAGGGUGCCUUUGACUUCCAACCCAGGGGCUUCUCUAAAACAAAGAGAUGGCGCAGGCCAUGUGUGUAUGAGCAAAUGAAGGACGUCAUCUCUUCCAGAAAUGAGACAGAGGAGCCAAGGUUGUGCUUGACAGAGCCUAGGCAUGGCAGCUUCCUGAGCAAUGGCAAGAUUUCUGAUCCCCCUUCCAAUGGCACGUCAACACUUUUAGAAACAAUCUCACAUCCACCUGCUAUUUCCAUGUCUUCUCUGCCAGAAACAAACUAUGAGCCAGUGUCCUAUGAAUCCUUCCUGAAAGAUGAAGAGGAAUUGUCAAAAACCAUCAACCAGGAUGAAAGGUUUGGAGCUCUCCCACCUGAGGAACACUUGGCAAGUGUCAGUGGAAGGGUCUAUGAUACUGUGAGCUCAGAAGAAGGUCAGCAUUGGCUGCACCAAGCCACACCAGAUGCUCUGGCACGACAGAAGGUGACAAAAAUCUCAGAGGCACAGAAGUCAGUAAAAAGGAUGAUGGUUCAGACUGGUAGUACAUUAGAGAUCUUGGAAAAAGAGCCUCAAAAAACAACUUCUCAUGCAACAAGCUUGUGGGACUCAAUAGCUUAUGCUGCUAGCAAAGCUCCUUUUCAAGAGAACAGGAGCUCAUUUCACCAGAAUGUCCUGGAGCACAAUCUGGGACUUCAAGACAUGUCUUCACAAGAUGCUGAGGACAAUUUGCUAAGAGAGGCUGAUAAAAUAUAUUUAGAUCUACAUGAGUCAAAUGAGACAACCAAUACAGAAUUGUCUUUAAGUACUGAUCAUAACUUUUCCUCCACACUGGACAAUCCUUCUGCAUCUUCAGAUGAGACAGAAGACAAGAGGACUUCUCAUGCUGUGGCUCACAGUCACACCAGAGAAAGCAAUUAUUCAUCAAAUGAACUAGAUGCUAGGCUGGAAAAAAGACAUCACAAAGCUAUUUUGCAAGACUUUUAUGAAUCUUUUCAAGGGAAAAAUGUUUCUUUCUCAGAUCUGGGACCCAGCAAAGCUACAGAAGAACAAAUCCUCACAGAUGAGAAUAACUCCUUGCCUGCAAAAAGUAGCACAGAACAAGAAACCAGUGAACCGGUCAAAGGCACAAGCAUUGUAGAAACCACCUUUGCACACACCAAUGACCUUGAGCCUUCCAGCUAUAUAAUGACGGAAGAGAGGGAUGAAUUAAUUUUGGAGGCAGUGUUUCAAGAUGCUACAGCCACCAAGGAAAUGCCAGAGAUGAACAGUCUUGCCUUAUCUGAAUCAAAUGUCAUGACCAAUGACACAAGACUGUUCCCAAAUGCUUUCUUAAACAGCCCUGAGCAGUUUUUGAGGCACAGAGAUCCACCCCCAAGCACGAGUGGCCCUGAGUGGAGGUCUCGACAAGCCAGGUCACUGGAAAGCAGAGGUUUGAUGCAUGAUCUGGGUCUUCCCAACACCAGUUGGCCUGGCAGCAGGGAGCCCCUCUCUCAGGGUAACAGAACAGAGCAGGAUCCGGCCAGACAGACCCCUGAGACAGUGGUGAAUAAGAAAGCCCCAGAGAUUGAGGUGGCGAUGGCAGCAAGCAGCUCAGAAAUGCAGGCUGCUGCCGUGGCUGCUGACCUGGCCUCAAACUGGGACCCAGUCUCCCUGGGGGUGGUGGGUCAUGCAAGGGGCUUGCAGAGCCCAGCUUUGGACGAGCUGCAGCCAGCCAGAGGUGCUCUCUGGGAGCCUCCUGGGAGCAAGCAAACUCAGGAGAGAAGCCAGAUGGAGGAGGAGACAAACUCUGUGGAGCAGCUGGGGCAGUUCAGUCCUCAGCCUCAGCACCUCAAGGCCACAGAGAAAUAUCUGGCUGAGAGCAUGUCUGGGCAAAGCCCAGAAGAAAUGUCUAUGAAAGCAGCCUCCAAAGACAACUAUUCCCUCUCUCUAAGCAGCCCUGUUCACAACCACAGCACUACCAAAAAAACAGCCAACUAUGUGCAAACCAGUCCAGAUAGAUUGCAGCUGUUCAGUGAGGAACAUGUCCUCAGAGAGACAACGAAGAGAGAGGGCCAGGGCCUAGGAGAUCCCAAGGAGGAUGAAGAAAGCAACAAAACAGCUGGGAAGCAGAACCAUGCCCUUGGACAUAGGGAGAGCCCGGCUCUGAACAACAGGACCCAUUCCAGCCCCUUGAGGCCAAAGGCUGACAAGCUGGACUACGACGAGUAUGGCAACACAGAGCAAACUGUGGAGGAUUUUGACAUCUAUGGGGAAAAGGAGCAUGACCCACGCUCCUUCCAGGGGGAGGUACGGCAAUACUUCAUUGCAGCAGUGGAGGUGAUGUGGGAAUAUGGAAAUCAGAGACCCCAGCACUUCCUAAAAGCCAUGGACCCCUGGAGUGGCAGGAGGAAGCCUUUCCAGCGGUACCGCAAGGUGGUUUUCCGAGAGUACAUGGAUGAUUCCUUCACGCAGCCACUGGUGAGGGGAGAGCUGGAUGAGCACUUGGGCAUCCUUGGACCAUACAUCAGGGCAGAAGUAGAAGAUGUCAUCAUGGUGACGUUCAAGAACCUGGCCUCGCGGCCCUUCUCCUUCCACUCCACACUGCAAGCCUACGAGGAGACACAGGACUCAAUGGAGGGUGGAGAGGUGGUGGAGCCCGGUGAGCUCCAGAAGUACUCCUGGAAAGUCCUGCCCCAGAUGGCACCCACCACACAGGAGUUUGACUGCAAGGCCUGGGCUUACUUCUCCAACGUGGACCUGGAGAAGGACCUGCACUCAGGCCUCAUUGGGCCACUGAUCAUCUGCCGCCGUGGGGUGCUCAGCUUCGUUUUCAGGCAGCAGCUGGCUGUGCAGGAGUUCUCCUUGCUCUUCACCAUCUUUGAUGAGACCAAAAGCUGGUACUUCCUGGAGAACAUGGAGAGGAACUGCCACCCUCCCUGCCGCAUCCAGCUGGACAACCCUGACUUUAAGAGAAACCAUUCCUUCCAUGCCAUCAAUGGCUACGUGAGUGACACACUGCCCGGGCUGGUGAUGGCUCAGCAGCAACGGGUCCGAUGGCACCUCCUGAACAUGGGCAGCACUGAGGAUAUCCACUCCGUCCACUUUCAUGGGCAGCUGUUCAGCGUCAGGAGUAGCCAGGAGUAUCGCAUGGCAGUCUACAAUCUUUAUCCUGGUGUAUUUGGGACGGUGGAGAUGUGGCCCUCACAUGCCGGAAUCUGGCGGGUAGAGUGCAAAGUGGGAGAGCACCAGCAAGCCGGGAUGACUGCUCUCUUCCUCGUGUACAACUUGAACUGCCAAAACUCCCUCGGCCUGGCCUCGGGCCACAUUGCAGAUGCUCAGAUCACAGCAUCGGGGCAGUAUGGGCAGUGGGCUCCUUACCUGGCCAGGCUGCAUAACACCGGCUCCAUCAAUGCUUGGAGCACUGACUGCAGCAACGCUUGGAUCCAGGUGGACCUUUUGCAUCUCAUGAUUAUUCACUGCAUAAAAACCCAAGGGGCUCGACAAAAGUUCUCCAGCCUUUACGUCUCCCAGUUUGUUGUAUUCUACAGCCUUGACGGGCAAAGGUGGAGGAAAUACAAGGGGAAAGCCACCAGCACCCAGAAGCUUUUCUUUGCAAAUGUGGAUGCAACCAGAGUGAAAGAAAAUCACUUCAACCCUCCGAUCAUAGCCCGGUACAUCCGCAUUAACCCCACACACUACAACAUCCGGACCACACUGCGCAUGGAGCUCAUUGGCUGUGAUCUGAACAGCUGCUCCAUGCCUCUAGGAAUGGAGAACAGAGGGAUCCCUGACCAGUGCAUCUCUGCAUCCUCCUCCAGCACAAACGUCUUCUCCAGCUGGUCACCCUCUCAUGCCCGCCUGAAUCUGCAGGGGAGGAUCAACGCAUGGAGGCCAAAGAGCAACAGCCCCAGUGAGUGGUUGCAGGUGGACUUUGAAGUAACCAAGAAAGUGACUGCAAUCAUAACGCAAGGUGCCAAAGCUGUCUUCACCCACAUGUUUGUGAAGGAGUUUGCUGUCUCCAGCAGCCAGAACAGCGUGCACUGGAGCCCAAUGCUGCAGGAUGGCAAGGAGAAGAUCUUCAAGGCAAACCAAGACCACACUAGCACAGUGAUGAAUACCCUGGAGCCUCCCCUCUUUGCCCGCUUUGUGAGGAUACACCCCCGCCAGUGGCACAACCACAUUGCCCUGCGGAUAGAAUUCCUUGGCUGCGACACUCAGCAGGAGUACUGA